CGCUACCUCAUGCUCAUCAGGCGGUCAUUUAGAUCGGGCAGAAUCGCCACGGUCGGCCUGACCGUUAUGGCAUGACUCGCGAUGAUGUCAACCGUCAACAGGUCUCCAUGUCAUGAAUCUCAUCUCCGAUCGGGGAUGACAACCAUCGUGGGUCGACUGGUUUCCAUACUCGUUCCUCCUAUGAUUCGUUGACUAGUCGCCCCCCGAUUCGGAUAUCUGGUGUGGGUCUGAGCGUUAUGGAUCAGGAUACCUGACAACACUAUGGAGCACGCCGUACUAAUAUACUAGCAGGCUAGCAGCCUUCCUCCCCCCACCACUCGUAUCCAGCGAUGCAGUCAGAUCGCAAACCGGCUCUGUUCCUUAUCUCUUGGAAUUCAGCCUUCUGCCGCUGAUCCGCCACUGGAGUAUCAGACGGGAUGAACCCAGAAAAGUCGAUAGGCAGAUGGGGCUCUUUGGAUCUUGGCAACCGUUCUACAAGUCGCAAAUCCAAAGGCAAAUGCGGGGUUGAGAUUGCACGCAUGGAGGGGGCAGGGAAGGGGUACAAAAUGAAAGUAAAGAAAAAGAAAAAGAAAACCUCCGUCACAAUCCAUCCUUUCAUCCAACCACAAGCAUCGGUAAAUGACCUUUCCCCUUUCAGUGCCCGGAUCGGACCACUGCAUUGUGCAGGCCACUGCAAGGAUGUUCCAAUUGUUUUGAUGAUUUUUGACUUUUGCCUGGUCUCUUUUCGCCUAUCGUCUUCCCUUAUUUUGCCUGGUGCAGGGACCGGCAGCGUUCCCUCUGAUCGAACGGAAUGUGCAGUAGCCCCAACUUAUCGACGCCAUGCGUCUCGGGUUUCGAAUGCGUCGUUGGUCAAACACCUUUUGAAUCUGAUGUAUCAUUAUCGGGUUGCGAAUGGGCUGAGCCCCCUUGCUGAGGUUGAUCCCGACUGGGGGUGUCAUGCAGUUGCGCCAUCGUACCCUUGUUUCUUUCCCCAGAUUGUCUCCUCCUGACGACCGUGGUUCGUUCCUGACCAUCCCUUACCGCCGGGGAAUCCCCAUUUAUCCACCGACCUUAUCAUGAAAGAGGGGUUGUUCGAUUAAGCGAGUGGCCGGUCCAUCA